CCAAAAGACUAUAUGUUUAAUGGCUUGAAGGAUGAAAUAGUAGGUCGCUUACCUGGGAAAGUUGCAGGACAGCAGUUUGUCAUUCAAGACUGUGAAGCCUGCAACAUCUACAUCUUUGAUCACUCUGCUACAAUCACUAUUGAUGACUGUACAAACUGCAGAAUUUUUCUGGGACCUGUAAAAGGCAGUGUAUUUUUCCGGAAUUGCAGAGAUUGCAAGUGCGUAGUAGCUUGCCAGCAGUUUCGUACUCGGGAUUGUAGAAAGCUAGAAGUCUUCUUAUGUUGUGCCACACAACCCAUUAUUGAAUCCUCAACAAGUAUCAAGUUUGGCUGUUUUCAAUUUUAUUAUCCUGAGCUAGCUUUUCAGUUCAAAGAUGCAGGACUAAGCAUCUUUAAUAACACAUGGAGUAACAUCCAUGACUUUACCCCUCUGUCAGGAGAAAACAAUUGGAGUCUCUUACCAGAGGAUGCAGUGAUUCAGGACUAUGUUCCUUUACCUACUCUUGAAGAGCUCAAAGCUGUACGAAUUUCUACUGAUGCCAGUAGAAGCAUUGUUCCAAUAACCCGGGGUCAGAGGCAGAAGAUUAGUGAUGAAUCCUGUUUGGCUGUGUUAUUUGCUGGUGAUUAUACUACUGCAAAUGCCAGGAAAUUAAUUGAUGAGAUGCUUAGCAGAAGUUUUUUGCUGGUUCAGACAAAGGAAGUAUUAAUGAAACCUGAGGAUGCUCAGAGAGUUUUCCAAGAAAGAGCACCUGAUUUCAUUCCUUUACUGGAAAAAGGUCCUGUUAUUGCUUUGGAGUUCAAUGGAGAUGGUGCAGUAGAAGGGUGCCAACUCAUCAUAAAUGACGUAUUCAAUGGGACCAAGAUGUUUGUGUCAGAAAAUAAAGUAGCAGCUUCUGGAGAUGUUGAAAGCUUCUACAACUUUGCUGAUCUGCAAAUGGGGAUGUGAAGUACAGAUGUGGAACCAUUACGCUGACAUGAAGCCCAUAUUUUCAACUUGUU